UUGCAGGAAAUCCAAAAACAAAGCAGGGCUGCCACCUAGCGUUAGUAGUAAAAAUAGACUCCACAUCCCGGAAGUGAAUGGUGUGUUUGCAUUGAUGUUUGCUACUAAAGGCACACUUGGCCUGCUGUAGUUAUUACCUAGUUACGUUUCAUGUUGUCAUCUUUUAUGUCGUUUCACUACUAUGGGACCAGUGUCAAACGCCCCGGUAAGAUAUAUCACAAGGUGCUGAUAAACAGAAGGAAAAGAGCUGAAAACACCACAAGACUUCAGGUUUGACCUCAAGUGGGUGCAGUUUAUCACACCAUGUUGGUGACAGCGUAUCUUGCCAUCAUCUUCCUGCUUGUCCUGUGUGUUGGCUUGGAACUCACAGCACGCCGCCUCACUCCACCUCAGCCUACUCCUACGGCUGUGGCCAACCCCGCCUUCCGUCGCUUUCAGAGUGUAUUCCUCCGUGCAUACCUUUUGGCUUUGUGGGCAGACUGGCUCCAGGGUCCUUACCUCUACAAACUUUACCGGCACUACAGCUUCCUGGAAUCCCAAAUAGCCAUUUUAUAUGUGUGUGGCCUGGCCUCUUGUGUUCUGUUUGCUCCUUUUUCAGGCUGGCUCCCCCAAGCCUUGGGCCGUAGACAGACAUGUCUUCUCUUUUGCCUGUCCUACUCUGCAUGUUGUCUUACCAAGCUGUCCACUGACUAUUUUGUUUUGAUUGUGGGCCGUGUCUUGGGAGGUCUGUCCACAUCCCUGCUGGCCACCACAUUUGAAGCCUGGUAUGUGCACCGACAUGUAGAUGUCUACGAUUUUCCCAAGGAUUGGAUCCCCAGCACCUUCGCUAAAGCUGCUACCUGGAACCAUGGGCUCGCUGUGGGAGCAGGGCUGGUGGCUAACUUACUGGCUGAGUGGCUGCACCUGGGGCCGGUGGCGCCCUUUCUCCUGGCUGUCCCCUGCCUGGCAUGUUGUGGCUGGGUUGUGCUGACAGACUGGGGCAAGGAUGAAACUCAAGGAGGUGCUGAAGGAGACAAACAGACGCUGCUUCUUGGCACUUCAAAUGGAGGUGUGACCCGUUUGUCUGUAAAAGCCCGGUUCUCACGCAGCUGCCAUGAGGGUCUGCGCUGCCUGCUUUCAGACAAGAGAGUCAUGCUCCUGGGUGGAGUGCAGGCUCUGUUUGAAAGUGUUCUCUACAUUUUUGUUUUCCUCUGGACCCCAGUAUUGGACCCUCAUGGGCCUCCUUUAGGAAUAGUUUUCUCUUGCUUGAUGGCUGCCAGUAUGGCUGGGUUCUUUUUCUACCCCCUCACUCGCUACCGUCUACAGCCCGCACAUCUGCUCUGCCUGGCUGUGCUGAUGGCCUUCUUCUCUUUCUUCAUGCUGACUUUCUCCACUGCCCCAGGCCAGCCUAGACCUCAUGAAUCAUUUCUGGCCUUCCUGCUGCUGGAGCUAGCCUGUGGCCUCUACUUCCCUGCAGUCAGCUUCCUCCAGGGCAGGGUGGUCGCAGAGGACAAGCGGGCUGGUGUCCUGGCCUGGUUCCGGCUGCCUCUACACCUGCUGGCCUGCCUACUGCUGUUGACCCUCCACAAAGAGGUAUCAGGAACAGGUGGAGGGGAGGGUGGCAGCGGAACCAGACACAUGUUUGGAGGCUGUGCAGUCAUGAUGCUCGCAGCUUUGAUGGCUGUCAUCAGUCUGUUCGCUCUGGGCAGAAACGAUACAGACCUUAGACUGGAGGGAACCAGAGCGGAGGGGGAGAUGUACUGAGGAGAUGGACCAAAGAUCCUGUUAUGCUUGAUUGGUUUUAAAUGCAUUAUGACAGUUUUGCAUAACUGAAUGUAGAAACCUCAUGUGACCUACUGGAACAGUCAGAAGUCUACAUUUUUUCAAAUGUAUCA